AUGGGGCUCAUCGAUUUGGGAAAAGAGUCGGACCCGAUUCUGACCCGUUUGGUGGACGAGGAUAAGGUCAUUUGGUACAAGAAGAGAAACCUGAGAUUGUUGUAUCUUUUGCUCUACCCCACGUGCAUGGGCAUUGAGAUCACAUCCGGAUUCGAUUCUCAAUUGAUCAAUGGCGUGCAGUUCUUGCCCCCCUGGCUCAAAUAUUUCGGUCAUCCCGCCAUCGAUGUGAAAGGAAAGGACACAUGGAUGGUUGACGCCCCUUUGUUGGGAAUGGUGGCAUCUGCCUACAGUUUGGGCGCUAUUCUUAUGGUUCCUGUGGUGCCGUGGGCAGCACAGGCAUUCGGUCGACGAUGGUCUAUCUUUCUGGGUUCAGCGCUUCAAUGCGUAGGCGCCAUCAUCCAAGGGUUUUCAACUCACGUUGCAAUGUACAUCAUUGCUAGAAUGAUCCUUGGUGCUGGUAUCAUCUUCUGUAUUGUCUCCGGCUCCGCUAUGUUGGGCGAGCUCUCAUACCCUAAGGAACGGCCAAUGAUGACUUCUAUGUUCAACGCAUCCUACUUUGUGGGCUCGCUCAUAGCUUCUGGGAUUGUGGUUCGGACAUCUACGAUUCUGAAUGACUGGUCAUGGCGAAUUCCGUCAUUGCUUCAAUGCUGCCCGUCUCUCCUGCAAAUGGGUCUAGUCUUCUUCCUCCCUGAAAGUCCUAGAUACUUGAUUAGUAAAGACCGCCGCGACGAGGCCUUUGAUAUCUUAGUCCAUUACCAUGCUGAAGGAGACCGUGAUUCCCUCUUUGUCAAGGCCGAGAUGUCUCAAAUCGAGACUACCAUCGCACUGGAGUUGGAAGCUGCGAAGUUGUCCUGGUGGGAUAUGGUCAGAAGCCCUGGUAUGCGACGCAGAACGUUCAUUGCAUCAGCAAUGGGUUUGUAUACCCAAUGGUCUGGAAAUACAUUGAUCUCAUUCUAUCUUGCAAAGAUUCUCGAGCUCAUUGGAUAUACGGACGUCCACACCAAGACCAUGAUCAACCUCGGAAACACCGCAUGGAGUUUCAUUAACGGCACUGCUAUUGCCCUCAUCGCCCCGCGCUUCAAGCGCCGCACUAUGUUCUUGACUGGUGCAUGCGGUAUGUUGGCUGUCUACGUCGGUUGGACCGUCGCCCAACAGCGAGCCCUCGUCGCAAUCGAGAACAAGAGCCAAAACAAAGGCGCCGGUAUUGCUGUCCUCUUCUUCAUCUACAUGUACUCCGUCUGGUACAACAUUGGAAACAAUGCCCUGACCUACACAUACCUUAUCGAGCUAUUCCCCUACGCCGAACGCUCCCGUGGUAUCUCCAUCGAACAAUUCUUCGGUCGCGGCGCCGCCUUCUUCACCAACUUCGUCAACCCCAUCGGUAUCGAUGGCGCUGGCUGGAAGUACCUCAUCAUGUAUAUCGCGCUUAUCCUCUGUGAAAUCGCGACCAUCUACUUCUUCUACCCCGAGACCCAGGGGCGAACUUUGGAGGAAUUGGCCUUCUUGUUCGAGGACCAAGCCAUCGCUGAUAAGGCUACCACUGCUGUUGAGAAGACUAUCCAUUUUGGAAGCCCAGAUGACAGACGCGUUGGCGAGCCAGGGAUUGAGGUCGAGCAUAUUAGCGAGGCCGUACCCGCGGAGAAGUCUGAGAAGUGA